UGGACAAGGAGAAUGAUGGUGAUGAUGAGGAGGAUGCUGUGAGCCUUCUCUAUGGAAACGGAAUACGCUGACACUGAACACACAAAGGCCCCGUCUCCCCCUCCUCUUCCCCCCUUCUUUGUGCUGAAGCAGCCCUGCAGCAGCUGGAAAAAAGAGACAGAGACUCCCCUCCAAAGCCAUUUUGAGCAGAGAAAGAAAGGGAGGCACACCAAGCCCAGGCUGGAUCCCAAUCCUCCUCCUUUUCUUUUAGGUUUGCCCCUGCUAAAGGGGAAAGGUCUCCCAACAAGGAUGAAGAGGAGCUGAACUGAGGGAGGAGCCCCUUUGGCUUUGCGUCAAGAGUCGGAGCCAUCGCCCCCAUUGAUUUCAGCCACAAAGAGGAGGGAAAGGCAGGCAGAUGCGGGACAGCGCCUGAGGCCUCGUUGCCGCAAAACCAUGAUCUCUGCCAAGGAGAAGCCAAAGCCGCCCAAAGACAGCAUGACGCUCUUGCCUUGUUUCUACUUUGUGGAGCUGCCCAUCGUGGCUUCCUCCAUCGUGACACUCUACUUUCUGGAGCUGACGGACCUCUUCAAGCCGGCCAAGGUGGGCUUCCAGUGCUACGACCGGGCGCUCUCCAUGCCUUAUGUGGAGACCAAUGAGGAGAUGAUCCCGCUCUUGAUGCUGCUCAGCUUGGCCUUCGCUGCACCGGCUGCUUCGAUUAUGGUCGGCGAAGGCAUUGUGUAUUGCCUGCAGUCCAAGACGAAAGGCCGCGGCGGCUCUGAAGGCAGCAUCAACGCCGGCGGCUGCAACUUCAACUCCUUCCUCCGCAGGACGGUCAGGUUUGUGGGCGUCCAUGUCUUUGGCCUUUGUGCCACGGCCCUCGUGACGGACGUGAUCCAGCUGGCCACUGGCUACCACGCUCCCUUCUUCCUGACCGUUUGCAAACCCAACUACACACUUUUGGGGAUCUCCUGCGAUGCCAACCCGUACAUUACGCAGGACAUCUGCGCGGGUCAAGACUUGCACGCCAUCCUUUCCGCCAGGAAGACUUUUCCUUCCCAACAUGCCACUCUGUCUGCUUUUGCCGCCGUCUAUGUUUCGAUGUACUUCAACUCCAUCAUCUCAGACACUACCAAACUCCUCAAGCCCAUCCUGGUCUUCGCCUUUGCCAUUGCCGCCGGUGUCUGCGGCCUCACGCAGAUCACCCAGUACCGCAGCCACCCCAUUGACGUUUACGUGGGAUUCCUCAUCGGCUCCGGCAUCGCCGCUUACCUGGCAUACCACGCAGUGGGCAACUUCCAAGCCCCGGCAGAAAAGGCACCCUCCAACCCACCCACCAAGGACGCCCUGCGAGCCUUGACCCAACGCGGCCAUGACUCGGUCUACCACCAGAACAAGUCGGUCAGCACAGAUGAGCUGAAUCCGCACCCAGCUCGCCUGGACGGGAUGAACCGCCAAGUCCAGCGUGAAAAGAACUCCCUGGGCAGCCUCAAACGAGCCAGCGUGGACGUUGACCUCUUGGCGCCCCGCAGCCCCAUGGGCAAGGAGAACAUGGUCACCUUCAGCAACACCUUGCCCCGGGUCAACACGCCCUCCAUGGAUGACCCAGCCCGGCGCCACAUGACGAUCCACGUGCCUGUGGAUGCCUCCCGCUCCAAGCAACUGAUCACCGAGUGGAAGCAGAAGUCGGUGGAAGGCCGCGGAAUGACGCUAGCCGAGGAGGUGGCCCGGCGCGUUGGCUCAGAUUCCUUAGUGGGAGAAGAGGAGGAGCAUGUCCCAUCGUCCUUGUACCCAACCGUGCAGGCCCGGACGGCAGAGCGGGCCUCUUUGGGGCCCCGUGUCCUCAUCCAGCCUCGCCCUGGAGCCACACAGCUGGUCCACAUCCCCGAAGAGAGCCAAGGCAACAAUGGAGCCAACAUCUCCCCCAAGAGCAGCUCCGCUGUACGGGCCAAGUGGAUGAUGAUGGCUGAGAAAGGCUCAGCGGCACAACGUGUGGCCAACCCGCCACGGCUGAUGCAGGUGAUCGCAAUGUCCAAGCCACCGGGGAUGGUGUCGGUGACGCCGAAGCACUCGGAGACCACCUCUUCCUCCUCCACCAGCUCUGACUCAUCACAGUAUCGCUCCCCGUCUGAGCGGGACAGCUCUAGUGUGGUCACCAUCGAUGCCCACGCGCCGCACCACCCUAUCGUCCACCUCUCAUCUGGGAAUGGACCCUGGGAGUGGAAGGCCACCCAGAAACAACCCUCAGAUGGCGGGCAAGACGUGUACGAGAUCAGCGAGGCGGGCAAAGACUAUCGUGGCUUCCGGGUGGCAAAGAGCAGUGGUGGUGGGGUGUCGCCUGGCUCAUCUGUCAGCGACAUGGAGCAGGACAUGGAGUCCCGGUACGGGAGCGUGGCCACCAUCAACGUGGCCGCUGGGGUGGGAGCAGCCUUGGGGACAGCAGAGGCCAUGGCCCUGGAGAGCGCGCUGGGAGUGGCCAGCCGAGAAUCGACGCUGCGGAGGAAGCCGUGCAGCCUGACCGUCAGUGAGAAGGACGGCCCUGCCGAGGAGGCCGAGAACUUCUACAAGAAGAUGCAAGCCAACCGGCGGUUUAAGGAAUAACGCACCAGAUUUGGUGCCAAAACUUGAACGGAGACAUGUACGAUUCCUCCACGAAAAAGAAAUGUAUUUAGGAUAGCGGUUCGGGUUCGUUUUGUGGUGGUCACACACACAGACUAGCGCCUCACUUCAAACAAAGUUGUCAAUUGACCGUGAAUUGUACAGAUUCAGCGGUGAUCGUUUUGGCUGAACAUUGAUUGGAUUUUUUCGUAGUGGAGGGGAAAAAAGCCUGCUGAUCAACACCUUAUUCACACCUACCGAUUGUAAAACUAUUGAUUGUAAAAUUAGAGCCAGGUAGCUAGAGUGCAGGAAUUUUUAUAGAAGAUAGAAAGAUUCCUCUGUAUUCCCGGAAUGUAGUUUCCAGCGCAAAGCAAAGAAUUUUGUCGGCAAAACGAGGGAAUGUGUAAAUAGUAAAUGAACAAAAGAAGGAGGGUUGGAAAUGCUUGGGGAUCGGACCCUGUGUUUUGCCGGGAUCCCCCCCCCAUGGACACUGCUGAUUGAAAGAUAUUAACUUAGUUGUAGAUUGUACGAGGAAGAAAAAGAAGAAAGCAUAGGACGGAUAUUCUUCCAUCGAUAAGGAAGAAAGGUCGAAUAGGCUUUUGGGGGAAUAUUUUGUCUUCCUCACAGUGACACCUGCAAGAAAGCAAAGCCGUUGAGCAAGGAUGUGAAUCUCGGUUGUGUCCAGCAUUCUCGCUGCGUCAGCUAGAAUGUUUUCAACGCCGUCGCAUCAUUCAAACCGAUGGUUCUUGGUGCUUUUUGGAAAGGAGCGCUGGGAGAAAUUGCAUGAGGAAGACAUUAAAAAUGUAUAGAAAUAUGGAGAGGGAUGCCUUUGGUUUGGAGGGGUAAACGAGUGAGCUAUUCCCCAGCCAAGCGAGACAGUGAGCAUGGAAUGUCAUAAACAUGGGGAGUAUUCGAGAGUAGAAGUAGUGGUUCACUUAAUUCAGCCUGUAAUUGUGUUUUUGUUCCUGGUUAAAAAUUCAUUCCCAUGUCCCAUUGUUCCUUGCAAAAGAGUCAAACAAUGUACUAUACGCUUUUGUCCAAUAAUCCAGUUUUUUUGUCCUCACAUUUUUUAAUUAAAGAUUAAAGGGGAGCGGAAAGGGAAA